UGCAGCACGGAGCCUGAUACUUCAAAAGUGGGAUCUGAAGCCCAGGGGAAGAGAGCAACCCAUGUCAACCAGUUACACGCGUCGAAAACCCUCUAUAUUGAUCAGCUGAAUAAAAAAUUAUUGUAUCUAUUUAAAAGCAUUUACGACUGGUAUCAUCCUGACCAAACAGAAGAAUCAGCUAAAGCUUUCCUCAAGGAGUAUCCAUACGAACCAAUGGACAAUGGAUCUCUGUUUUUGGUGCACCCGUACGGGAAGUACAGAGAAGACAUCAGAUACGUCAUUUCCUGCAAAUGGAAGAUGGAAAUAUACCAGUACCGUGUUCGCUACAAAGAAGAUGAAGAUGUUUACACUGUACGUAGCGCCAAGGCUAGCAGUCUUCUGGACCUUGUAGAACAGUAUCGUCUAACGGCUGUAGGGAAAGAUGGCAUCAGAUCUAUAUAUAGUAAGGAAACGGCGCUGUCCCAUCUUCUCUACCCCAUACCAUGGCCCCGCAAGUACAAGGAUCGUUGUUACCAUGGAUUGCUUGGUCGUACCGAUGCAGAAAGAGUUCUUAUGGAGGGCUUCAAGAAAAGGAGUACCUACAGUCCUUUCCUGAUCAGAGAUAGUAAUUCGGAACCAGGAACUUUGAUUAUAUCGAGUAUGUUUGUGAAAAAAUCAGACAGCACGAACAGGUUCGAGCAUAGGCUAGUCGAAUUCAAGAAUAAUUUGUUCGAGGCUUUAGAGUGUAAGGAACCAAACCUGAUGGCUCUUGCAAAAAGCAUCGAGGAAAAGUACAGAAAUCAUGGAGACUUGAUGGACCUCAAGGUUCUGAACAGAGAAGGAUACAACGGUGUUGACACAGAUGUUUUGGAGCACCAUCUUCCACCCAGCAUUAAAACAAUGGAUGAAACAGCAAUUAAAAUAUUUCGUGAAGCACUUGAGGAAGGGUUUGAAAACUAUCAUCAUGUCCGUGUAAUGGUUGUUGGUCAUCAUGGCGCGGGAAAAUCAAGUCUCACUAGACGUCUGCUGCGAGAAAGCAUGGAGGAGGUCCAAAGCACGGAUGGAGUGGAGAUCUACACCAAAAGAGGGCGCUUUCAGCUCAGUGACCACAAAUGGAUCAAGAGUGAUGACAAACAAGAAAACGAAAACGAAAAACUAGAAAGAAUAGCAAGGUACUUGACACAGAGAUUUCCACAAGGUAUUCCAACAUAUCUUUCAAUAAGAGACUUCAAGAAAAUGGAAACCGAAGAAGAAAAAACAAGUAAUUACUCCAAUGGAUCAAAUCUAGGAGGAAAACCACCUGCACCAAGUCGCAGUACUUUUAUUGAAAAAGAUGCAAGAACGCAACCCAUGAACAUUCAAAAUAAAUCAGGACGGUCCUAUGAUUAUCCUCCAAACAGUCAAAGAACAUCAGUACCCCAUAGAAACCCCUCUCUAAAAUCCCUAAGAGGAGAACCAUCAAAGAGAACAGGUGAUUAUUUGACGCCGACUUCAUCGCCCAAAUCAUACCCAGAUCCACGUGUAUCCGUAAGAAGGAGGAAGUCUUCCUCUAGCGACUCGGACGAUGAUGAUGCUAGUGAUGAAAAUGAUGACAGAAAUUAUAGUAAUAACUUCACCAGGGUUCUUCUAGAUCUUAAAAACAAAUUUGUUAAAUCAAAUGAAAAUUCCAAUGCAAUCCCUGUGUCGCCUGAUGAUAUAAAUGACAGUGACUAUGUUGGAAAUGAAAAUGACAACACUGAAAAAAGAUCGUCUUCCUUUGAUUUUGAUCUGGUUGGAAACGAACAGGCACUGAAGCAAGACCUGGAAGAGGUACUGCGCAUGUCCUCCAAAUUUCUUAAAAACGAAACGGGUUCCAUCACAUUCUGGGACUUUGCUGGACAGACGGUAUUCCAAACAACUCAUCAAGCCUUUAUGUCCUCCAAGGCUGUUUACCUUCUGGUGACUGAUGUAUCACUGCCGAUUGAUCAUGUGAUCACAGAUGAUGACGACGGCCAGAAUACGUCUGGGCAUAAAUCUGUAGGAGAAUUUCUGAAAUUUUGGUUAAAUACUAUUCAUACGUAUUGCCAUGAAUCACAAAGGGGGUCUCCAAAAGUUCUAGUCGUGUCAACACACAAAGACAAAACAACGAAUACCCAAAAAGAAAUUGAAGAACACCACAGGGAGAUCAAGAGAGUGGUGAAGAAGAAAAUGCUUUCCCCUCAUCUGGUUCCUGAAAUGUUUUGCGUGGACUGCAAUGAUACUGAUGAGGAAACUUUCGACAAAAUUCGAUCCAAAAUACUAGAAAUCGCAAAAGACGAAGAUAUCCUGACACAAAAAAUUCCUACCAGCUGGAUCUAUCUGGAGCGGAAAAUCAUGGAUCUUCGAAAAGAGGGAAAGAAAGUUUUGAACUUCAAAGAAGUAAAACAGCUGAACCGAUUUUGUACUUUAAAUUUGAAGGAUGAGAAAGCAAUCAAAGUUUUCCUGCAAUUCCAUCAUGCCAUUGGAAAUAUGUUGUACUACGACGAAAAGGGUCUAGAUGAUAUCAUUAUUUUAAAUCCUCAAUGGCUUGUGGAUGCUUUUAAAUGCUUCAUCACCUCUGAAAAGUUUCUGGGAUUGUCUCCUUCGGAAUCGCUUCUCGAAGAAAUGAAGAAAACUGGACAUUUGAGUAUGGAAAUCAUAGAAACAUUAUGGAGUGAGAGAGAAGACCAAUCCUAUUUGGAGAAUAAAGAACAUAUCAUCAAGAUUCUGGAAAGGAUGGAUAUUAUCUCAAGACCUAAACGUUACAUGAAAGACGGGGAGUCGAGCGAAGAAAUGACAACAUUUCUUGUACCAUGCCUGAUGAGUUUGGAUUUAUCUCCUCAUGAAGAAAUGAAAAAAACAGGACAAAUGACUAACGAAAACAUCGAAACAGUAUGGAUCGAAAGAGAAGACAAAUCCUAUUCAGGAAAAAAUAAAGAGCAAGUAACUAAGAUUCUUGAGAGAAUGGAUAUUAUCUCAAGACAUAAACGCUAUAUGAAAGAUGGGGAGUCAAGGCAAGAACUAGCUAAAUUCCUUGUUCCUUCUAUAACGGAUUUAGAUUCGCCCACGGUUAGAGCAAAAUGGUUGAAGUCCACGAACAAUAUACCAGCCUUAGGAUUUUACUUCAAAGAUGAGUUCAUGCCACCGGCUGUAUUUUACCGUUUGUUGGCAGCGUGUAUGGCUAAAUUUCCAGCGGUAGAACAAAAUGAUGUUCCACUUGUUUUCGCCAACACUGCCGUCUUUCGACUGGAUAAACUCAAUUUUCUGCUACUUGCUCAUGAUGACUUUCUCAUUCGGGCUUGGGUGCUGAGGUUUUCCAACACACCAUUCAAGAAAUCCUCGAUCCACUACACCAUUAAAAAGUUUUUGGAGGAGAGUCUAACCAUUAUUUUGGAGAUAUAUACCAGCUGUAGUGCCUGCCCAGAGCACAAACUCACCAAAAGGUGUGAAGACUGUAGAAAAUGCAAUGCAAAUUUUCCAUUUAGAGUUGUGGUUCAGUGUAGUCAAUGCAUAUCGUCUGACACAACCUUCAAAGGGCUUCACCUGUGGGGAGACCUAGAAUCAAAUGAAAGUGUGGUUUGUGCUGACCAUGACAACGUUCAUGUCAUUGAGUCGGACGACAUGCUUGCUUGCUGGGAGUGUCCCAAUACAAUUCAUGCAGACAAUUUGACUUUAUCUAUAAAACGAUCAGUAUCUGUUCUCGAAAUGCCAAUAAAGAUGCCAUAUAAGACCCUAGGUCGUCUUGCCAGAAGAGUAUCUGGCUACUGGGAGGAAAUAGCUUAUAACCUUGACCUUGGAGACAACUUCGUGGAGACAACCAAACGGAACUUUCCUCAUCUAGCCUCGGAUCAAUGCUUUCACGUGUUGAGGACUUGGUAUGACACUUCUCCAAAAGAGAAACGAAUACUAAGGACGUUAGACGACGUGUUUGCAAAGGUCGACAUUGAUCGCGAAACUUUGCAAACGUUAGAAGCAGAGGAACUUGAGUGGGAAAAUAACAAGUAUCUGGACAAACAAGUUUCAAACCGAGGUAUCGAUAUCAUUUGCAACAGACUGGGUAAAAAGAGCUACCAACUUGCCAUUGAGUUGGGGUUAACUCCCGAGGAAACCGAACGUAUACAGAUGGAUUUUCGAACAUCCAUCGCUCAAAGCCGAGAGUAUAUCAACCGAUGGCGCCAAAAAGCAGAGAAUCCAACAUACAAAGUUCUCCUUCAGGCUUUAGCAAGAGUCGAUGUUGCUAAUUAUAGAGAUGUACUGACACAUAUUUACUGAGCAGCUAGCUUAUGUCCAUGAAUUUAACUCAAUG